AUGCUGCUACGACGACUGACGUCUCAGAUAGCGAGGGCCUCUUGGUUUGCAGAACGCUUUCUUUUGAGAUCGACCAUCUUGCUUCCAGUUCCUAGACUUGCUGCUUCCACAAAUUACAGCAUACUUCCCUCAAACAGAAAACGAGCCCAACCUCAGCAGUGGUACGCGUUGGACCCUGAGCUGGAAGAAAUCCUGGUGCCAAGGAAGAUGUCGAUCUCCACCCUUGAAAGCUGGCUGACGGUCCAGUAUGUCCUCCCUAAAGGUGGAGGUGCUGUCAAUGUUUGUGAGAAGCUAGGCUAUGAACCCAACCAUCAGUAUGACCUCCCCACAUCUUCCUGGGAUGCAGAGGCUGAGGAUGACAGUGAGGAGGGAGGAGGCGAGCUGAACCGGGGCAAAAUGGAAUGCAAGAACAUUCUGAAGAUCCAGAGAAGGAAGAUGAACAGACACAAGUACAGGAAGCUGAUGAAGCGGACAAAGUUUUUGCGGAAGAAGGUCAUGGAAGGUCAGCGCCGGAGGAAACAAAAAAGGUUUGAAUGA